AUGGUAAAAAUUGGAACUUGGAACCCAGAUAAGGUCACGUUAACAGAUGACUCGGUUCCCGAUUCAUUCAAAUAUUGUGUCUUACAAGGCGUUUAUGGCCCAGAUUCAGGAAAUGACUAUAAUGGUUCUUUAGGUGCCAGAAUAUCUUCAGUAUUCGUUAUCUUAUUCGUGUCUACGGCUUUUACUAUGUUUCCGUUAGUAGCGAAGAGAAUAAAAGCGCUCAAGAUUCCAUUGUAUGUCUAUCUUUUUGCAAGGUAUUUUGGUACUGGUGUCAUUGUUGCAACUGCUUAUGUUCAUUUAAUGGAUCCAGCUUACGCAGAAAUCGGGGGUAAUUCUUGUGUUGGAAUGACUGGAAAUUGGGCAAUAUAUGCUUGGCCGCCUGCCCUCAUGCUACUUUCAAUAUUUUCGACUUUCUUGGUUGAUAUGGUUUCUCAAGCAUACGUUGAGAGAAAAUUUGGAAUUUUACAUUCACAUGCUGACCAAAACUCAAUAGAGGAUGCCAUUAUUAUUGAAAAGAGCCAACACCAAGAUCUUCUGGGAAAUACAUUAGAAAAGGAUUUAGAAAAUGACGUCCCAAAAUUAAAUAAAGAGAAUAAAUCUCCAGAUGCAGAUGUGGAAGAUUAUAAUUCAGUAGCCGAAACAGAUGCAGAGUACGAUUUCAGUUAUCAAUUCUCGGCAUUUCUCAUUCUUGAACUUGGGGUAAUUUUCCAUUCUGUUAUGAUCGGACUUAAUCUUGGAGCUGUUGGAGACGAGUUUAAGACGCUAUAUAUUGUCCUAGUAUUUCAUCAAUCUUUCGAGGGCCUUGGAAUUGGUGCUAGAUUAUCUGCGAUUCCUAUACCGGACACUAAACCUAAGUGGCUCCCUUGGGUCUGCUGCCUUGUUUAUGGGCUUGUAACCCCAAUUUGUGUUGCAAUUGGAUUAGGAGUUAGAACUGCCUAUAAUUCAAAUUCUUAUGCGGCAAACGUUGUUCUGGGUGUUUUGGAUUCACUUUCUGCAGGAGUUUUAAUGUAUACAGGCUUAAUUGAAUUGAUCGCAAGAGAUUUCAUUUUCAAUCCUAGUGCUUCUCAUGAUCUUUACCGAUUAACAUUCCUGAUUUUCUGCAUGCUCUUGGGGGCAGGAAUAAUGGCAUUACUAGGAAAAUGGGCCUGA